AUGAAUCCCGAAGGUGAAGAAAAGGCUUUGGGUAACGGCCAAACUCUCUCACCAACAACAAUGAAACCAUCUCCAUCCUGGUCCUCAACCUCUCAACAACACAUGACUCGUCCAAAUGUAAAUAAUUAUGAUACUACAAUCAAUCAUGAUAAUAAAACUACGAGCCAAGAACCCAUCAAUUCUUCAACAGCAACUCUUCCUCUCGUGGUUUCAAUUCCUUCCCAUUCCGCUCUUUCCAGCUCCUCUACAACUUCAACUCCCUAUACUAUGUCAUCUCCCGGCCAAUUGCAUAACCACCACCUUCUCAACAACGGAAUGAUUUCAUCGCCUUCCCGUGGUAAUUAUCAUCAUUAUCCUCAUCAUGAGCAACAGCACGAACCAUUCUUUUCAUUCGGUUCUUCAUCGUCUUUUCAUUCGGCAUCAACAGCAGCAAUUCCCAAUCCGUAUGAUAUGAAUCCACAUGUGGUUGUUCCACAGCAGUCAAACCACCUCACUAUUGAUACCCAAAGUUCAAAACAUCAAGGGGAACAUGCUGUUCCUUUGAAUGAUGCCGACCAUUUUCAAACAUUUCCAUCAGUCUCUAGUCUUGGAAGAUUAGUCAAUGGCAUACCUAGCCCAUUAAUUCCGAUUGGAACCUCCUCAAAUGCUGCUGACAUGAAUAACAACACGAAAAUGCAAGUGUCAUCUUCACUCACACCUGGAAGCGUUUUGUCGCUUCGAACUGUCAACUCAUCUGUUUUCUCUCCCUCUCAACGCAAUGAAGAGUUGCAUUUUGAAAAUGCAAACAACACCUCAAUUAGUGCCACCACAAUUAAAAAUUCAAAAAGUGGAAGAAUGUUGGAUGUGAAGGCUUCAGCAGGAGUUUCCUCAUCAGUUACAGGCUUCACCGUUGGCAACACGAAAAGUUUUCAACAGUUAAGUAUUAAUAAUAAUACGAGCAAUAGUCCUGUCGUUCCAGUGUCAAGUCCAGUCAAUGUUGAAUAUUACCAUCAUGUAGAGAGUAAGGACGAUUUUAGUUUACUUGCAAGCAAACGAAAUGCUCCAACAACUGAAUUCCAUGAAGUAGAAUUGGACAGCAAAGCUAAAACUAAGAAUUUAUUUAAUGAAUCAAAUUCUGAAGACGAAGAAACGGUCAUAAGCACAGAUGAAGAUGAAUCACAUAGGCCGUCCGUUGACACAAGUAGAAGGAGCGUAGAAAUAUUAUUGAGGGAUGAUAUGGAUAUUGGAAAAGAUAAGGUGAAAACUGAAAAAUCAGAACGAGAGCACUUGUGGAGAGCCUACACCAAAACGAACAUGUUCUUUUGUGUGUGGAAUUUAAUUAACGAUGUCAUUAGCCCUGCAUCGGUUAGUGCUGGUUAUACUAUUGCUCAAGCAGGUUUGGGAGCAUAUAUUGUGAGCGUUCUCACUUUUGGAGUUGUCACGUUUUUUACACUCAUGUUGCUGUACGAUUUGGCGCACAUGUUUAAGGUCACAAGUUUCCCAGCAUUGAUGAAAAAAGCUUUGGGAACAGUAGGAUAUAUAAUAAUUUGCGUAUUUAUCUUUAUAUUUAAUUUUGGAGCUGUGUGUUCGGAAUUAAUUGAGAUCUCUCAAGUGUUGCCUGAUUUACUUUACACGAUUAUUGGAUAUGAAAGUAUAUUUACAAGUAGAUAUGCCAUCUUAAUUUAUGUUACCAUAAUUUUGCUUCCUAUUGCAAGUAUGAAGCAAAUGUCAAGUUUUAAAUAUGCAUCCAUGAUUUCUGUUUCUUCCAUGAUAAUUAUCGCCUUUUUAAUUAUGUAUGAAUGUGCAUUGGGAAGAAGAACUGUCAUGUACAGUGAUACUGCCUUUAACUUUGUUAGACCUCAAUACUUGAGUGCUAUGGGCUCGUUGAGUUUUGUGUUUGUUUGUCAUGAUAUAAGCUUUGAAAUAAUUGGAUCACUAAAAGACAACACCAAGAAACGAUACAUGAUGGUGGUUUUCUUUAUGCUUUGUCUUGCAGUUACCACUCUAUUUUUAAUGGGUAUUUCGAGCUAUUUAAUUUUUUUCGACACUAAUCUUAGAGAUGCCAAUGUUUUGGAUUUAUUUCCCAAGAAACUUACAAUGGCUAUUGUUGCCAGAAUUCUUGUGUGCGUAUCACUUGGACUGUCUAUAUGCUACAGUGCAUUCAUGCCUCGAUUUGCAAUUAUAACUGUUCUCAAAACGCUCAUGAAUUACAUGGCAGGCAUGAAGGAAAGGGAGCAAGAAAUGGAACUCAAACACAACAGCAGUAGUAGUGCCGAUGUCAUUGAUUCUCGUCCAAGAUAUAUCAAAUUUUUCACAUCGAAAACUGGAAAAGAUGUUUUGCAUUAUAGUGUCACUUUGUUUGUGGUACUUUCAGCCUUCUCCAUUGCCAUAGCAGUUUCCAAUCUUGGUGUCAUUAUUGGACUCACAGGUGCCAUUAGUGGCAGUUCCAUGGCCUAUAUUCUUCCAUGCCUUGCCUACAUUAUCCUCGAAAAGAGACAUCGACAACAGAAACAAGUGAGAGAAAUUAUGAUUCACUCACGAUGGCUUUUACUCAAGAGAAUUGCAGCCUAUAUUGUGUUAGCUCUAGGUUCUUUAUUGCUCGUAUCGAGUCUAGGAAGCAUAACAUACUUUGAGAUUGCAAAAGCAGCCACAUAA